AGAUUUGGAAUUUUUCCUAUGCAACUGUUUAGACGCAAAUGAAUAAUUCUAUUGAAUAGCGUCCUUCAGAGGAUGUUGUUAUCGCUUAUCUAGACAUUUGUAUCGAAUUCUUGGAGGAGUGCGGUUGAUUCGGAGAUACUUCCACUUUUCAUUUGUGUAGUAAUGAUCACCGUAAAGAGGGUUCAUAUUGUUUCUGCUCGAAAUAUGCCACUCUGUUCCUGCUUAAUCAUACCUUGUCAUCAUUUUACGUUAGAAGAUCAUGCCAUUUUUUUAUCACCAACUCCAGAGAUAGCGGCUAUUGUUCAAAAACGAUUCAAUUUUGCACUAUUUAUUUUACACUUGUGUCAAUUUAUGCAUCGCAAUUUCAAUGUUCACCCUAUUAUCACGCACAUAUUGACAUAUAGAAUAGAAAGAGAGGGUCGAUUGGAAUAUUUUGUCAAUAUUAACAAAGCCGAUCCAGAUACAGGGAAAACAGCUCUUCAUUAUGCCUGUCUAUUUGCAAAAGAGAAUGUGGUUAAUUUUUUACUUAGUUCACCAGGUAUAGAUCCAGACAGAAUCGAUGAUUUAAGUUUUCCUCCUCUUACGUAUUAUCCUUUACGAGAGUUUCCAUGCAGCAACGAUUCAAAAUUGAGGACUUAUGUCAUUCGUAAAAGUCAAAAGCUCUACAAUUUUCUCUUUCACAAUUACAAACCCCAGACGUGGGAUUCGACCAUUUUCGAACAUGUGGAAUUGAAUUGGUUUUUGCUCUCGAAUGGAAGACAAAUACAGAAACUAUUGCGUGAGAUACGAGAUAGAAAGGGUAAUACGCUUUUGCACUAUGCAGCUAAAAUGAACAAGCAAGAAUUGGUAGCAAUAAUUCUCUUUUUAGAUCCUUCCACUCAAUUUGUCCCAAAUAUUAAGGGGAAAUUGCCCAUUCAUAAGUGUCGAACCAAUGGAAUAUUAAAUAUUUUGGAUUAUACUGGACAUUUGUAUCGCAAAUAUUAUUUUAAUUCGACUACCUUAGCACGCGGUGUGCAAAAUCCCAUGACUUUAUUAUAUUACUUUUUUCCAGACAUUUUUUUGCAUUAUGGGGAUAAAAAACCCUACGUAGUAGGUAAUUUAUACCAUUUUGUAGAAUAUUUAUCUUAUUUGAUGCCCUUUCAGUUAAGGCAAAUUUCCACUUGGGUGAGAGAUACAGUUCAAAACACACUGUGGCAUAUUAUUGCAAAUAUGAAUAAUUUACCAAAUAAAUGUCAUUAUUUUGAUUCGUUAGAUCCAUCGAUUAUAGAUUUGCGGAAUAUUUUUGGCAAUACGGCUUUACAUAUGGCACGUUGCGAGGAGGAUAAAAAAUAUUUAUUGCAAUUGGGUGCUCAUCCAGAUUACAUCAAUUUGGCUGAGGAAAUUCCUAUUCAGAAAAAGACGAACAACUCUACUACUGAACUCUUGGUGUGUUCUUUACAGUGUUUGGCAGCACGAAAAGUGCAACCAAAAAAUGCACCUGGGCAUUUGAAACAUUUUGUAGAUUCUCACCACCCACAGAAAAAUCUGGAAGUGUAUUUUGUGAAUAUUGAAAGUUAACAUUUUAACGCGCAGAUUUUAUGAAAAAUUGACAAAAUAUUUUUUUUUUUUCAGAUUUUAUG